AUGGGUUGCUCCUGGUUCUUAUGCCACAAGAGUGGAGGAGGACGUUCAGAAGUUGAUGGAGAAAUCGCAGCGAUAGACAACGUAAAGAUUUACAAAUAUAGAGAGAUACGUCAAGCUACAGAUGAUUUCAGUGGUGAGAAUAAAAUUGGAGAAGGAGGGUUUGGUUCUGUGUACAAGGGUCGUCUUAAAGAUGGAAAGCUUGCGGCUAUCAAAGUCCUUUCGGCUGAGUCGAGACAAGGUGUUAGAGAAUUCUUGACUGAGAUCAAUGUGAUAUCAGAAAUACAGCAUGAGAAUUUGGUUAAGCUAUAUGGAUGUUGCGUGGAAGGGAAUCACAGGAUUCUUGUUUACAAUUAUCUUGAGAACAAUAGCCUUGAUAAGACGCUUCUAGCUGGGGGAUACUCUCCGAGUGGGAUGCAGUUUGAUUGGAGUACUCGGGCCAAUAUUUGCGUUGGGGUUGCUAAAGGUCUUGCCUUUCUUCAUGAAGAAGUACGUCCACACGUUAUUCAUAGAGAUAUCAAAGCAAGCAACAUUCUACUCGACAAAGAUUUAUCACCCAAGAUCUCAGAUUUUGGACUCGCGAGACUUAUGCCAGCUAACAUGACUCAUGUCAGCACUCGUGUCGCGGGUACAAUUGGUUAUUUAGCACCGGAGUAUGCAGUUAGGGGGCAAUUGACACGUAAAGCGGACAUAUACAGCUUUGGAGUCCUUCUGAUGGAGAUAGUCAGUGGAAGAAGUAACAAAAACACCCGGUUACCCACGGAAUAUCAAUAUCUUCUAGAAAGAGCUUGGGAACUUUAUGAGCGGAAUGAGCUAGUGGAUCUUGUUGAUCCAGGGUUAAAUGGAGUCUUUGACGCAGAGGAAGCUUGUCGGUACCUAAAAAUCGGUCUUUUGUGCACACAAGACAGUCCCAAGCUAAGGCCUACUAUGUCCAAAGUGGUGAGGUUGUUAACAGGGGAGAAGGAUAUAGACUACAGGAAAAUAUCCAGACCGGGUUUGAUAUCUGAUUUCAUGGACUUGAAAGUGAGAGGACCUUCCGAAACAAAGACAGAGGAAGUGAACAGACAGAACUACACAAACCCUUCUUCUUCUUCAAAUACCUCGUCUAGCGCAGGUACUCAUGAUAACUCAAAUGCUUAUUCAUCUGGGGGUUCAUCAGCUUAUGCUGGUAAUACAUUCAGCAGUACAAUAUAG